ACAACCUCAUUCUAAUGGAGGCGAUCUGGAUGAGCCUUCUAAAAUGAGUGACAAUGAAGGACUGGAAGUACCAAGGAUGACUGAUUUUGGAACUCUGAAGCAGGGAGAAUCUAAAAGAAUGAUCGUUUGGAUGGAGAAUAAAGGGAGUGUACCACAGUCCUUAAUCAGCUGCAGAUUAGCUGGCUGGGUGAAAGACAAGCAAUUCAGCUUCCAGAUGCCUCAAAAAUGUGAGAACAGUUCAGAAGCAUAUCUGUCAUCUUUUCCAACAAUACAAGGAAACCUCUCAAAAGCUGCACUUAGUCCAUAUAACGACAGUGGGGGAACAGCACAUGAGUGGUUGAGUAAUACAUUCACUGUGAAGAAUGGAGUCAUUCCAGAAACAAUUAAUUCUCAGGAUGCAAAUUUAUCAAGGACAAAAGAAAACUUUUCCUCAGUGAAAGAUAAAAAUUUACAUGAAGGAGAAAAUGAUCAAGAAGAAAAUGUGGAACAGCCAGUAAAACAUGUCUCUGUGACUGGAGAAAUUGUCAUACCACCAGGUGGAAAAACAUUCAUAGUGAUCAUAUGCACAGCUGUUAAUCCAGGGUACAGUAAAGAACUCCUGUUGCUUGGUUUUUCUGAUUUUACUGUCGAGCACUAUAUUGAAGCCACUGUAACAAGUGAAGAAGAGUUACUAAUAGCACCUGUGGAACCAUUUUCUCCAAGAAAGCUUAAAAUUAUUCAAGAGCCUCAGCCAAGCAAGACAACAGUGGUUGGUCCUAAAUACAGAAGUAAUCGCAGGAGGUUGCCGAGCUUUAUCCCCUCUUACACCGUGCCAGAGAAGCUAAGAAAAUGUGUGGAGGAGAAUUUAGACAUACUGACCUUUCAGCCUCUUCUAGCAGAGCAUCUUAAUCUAGACAAUUAUAAAGCAAACUUUUCUACUCUCUUGUGGCUUGAAGAGAUCCAUGCAGAAAUGGAGAUAAAAGACUUUAGCAUGAGUGGGGUUACUUUGAAAAGGAAUGGGAACUUGUUGGUGUUGGAAGUGCCAGGGGUGGAAGAAGGCAGACCUCGCCUGGUUACAGGUGAUAAGGUGAUACUGAAAAGUCAGGUCUACUCUGAGCAUGUAAUAGAGUACAUUGGCUAUAUUACUGAGAUAUGUAAUGAAGAUGUUACUCUUAAAUUUAAUCCAGACUUUGAACAGGUUUACAACUCGGAACCCAUGGAUGUGGAAUUUCUUCACUCUAGGCUUACUACCAGGCGGUGCCACUUUGCAGUUGAGCAAGCUGUCUACCUGGGUGAAAAAGUGUUAUUUCCAGAAAAACUUGUCUUACGACCACCGCAAACUAUCAAGACCCAGAAUACUGCUGAGUGUUUUGUUGAUAAUGGUGGCAUUCAGCAGUGUUUCCAACAGGAAAGUAAGGUCAAAGAAGUGCAGAACAAACAGGCGAAAUUUAGUGAAACUGUGACACUUAAAGGGAGAGCUGGUGAAUUUUUCAAUCCUAUGCUGAAUGAGGAACAGAAGCUGGCAGUGAGAAGGAUACUCAGUGGUGAAUGUCGUCCAACACCUUAUGUCCUCUUUGGACCACCAGGAACUGGGAAAACAUUAACAGUAAUUGAAGCCAUUUUACAGAUACAUUAUACUCUACCAGACAGCCGAAUUCUGGUUUGUGCACCAUCAAAUGCUGCAACAGAUCUGAUUUGCUUGCGGCUGCAUCAAAGCAAUCUGUUAAAGCCAGGAGCUAUGGUCCGAGUUAAUGCUAGCUACAGGUCAAUAGAGCAAAUUGAUGACUUGGUGAAACCUUACUGCAAAGAUGGUGAUGAUGUUCAGAAGGCAUUGUGGUUCAGGAUAGUAAUUACCACAUGCAGCAGUGCAGGGAUGUUUUACCAAGCAGAAAUACGGCUUGGACACUUCACUCAUGUGAUUCUGGAUGAGGCAGGGCAAGCAAGUGAACCAGAGAGCCUGAUUCCUAUUGGGUUGAUUUCAGAAGCUAAUGGACAGAUCGUUCUUGUUGGUGAUCCAAAGCAGUUAGGGCCAGUAAUAAAAUCUAAAAUUGCACUGGCUUUUGGUUUAAAUGUGUCCUUGCUGGAAAGACUGACAUCAAGAGAGAUGUAUCUGAGAGAUGAGGAUGCUUUUAGUGCCUGUGGAGCAUAUAAUCCUUUGCUGAUCACAAAACUUGUAAAGAACUACAGGUCACAUUCUGCAUUGCUAGCCUUGCCAUCUAAAUUGUUUUAUCAUAAGGAGCUGCAAGUUUGUGCAGAUGCUUCAGUAGCUACUUCUUUGUUGCACUGGGGGAAGUUGCCCAGGAAGGGUUUCCCAUUAAUUUUUCAUGGAAUAAGGGGCAGUGAAGCUCGUGAGGGUCGCAGUCCCUCGUGGUUCAACGCGGCUGAGGCGGUUCAGGUCAUGCGGUACUGCUGCCAGCUCGCCAGGAGUGAAACCACGGCGGUGGCGGUGGCUGACAUUGGGGUGAUUGCUCCCUACCACAAACAGGUGGAAAAAAUUAGAUUUCUUCUGAGAAGUAUUGAUUUGGCAGACAUUAAAGUUGGCACAGUAGAAGAGUUUCAAGGGCAGGAGUACACAGUUAUCAUCUUAUCAACAGUGCGAUCUCAGGAAGGCUUAUUUGGUGAUGACAGAUAUUGUUUGGGCUUUCUCACUAACCCAAAGAGAUUUAAUGUAGCAAUCACUAGAGCAAAAGCUUUGCUGAUUGUUGUGGGGAAUCCUCAUGUUCUUGUAAAAGAUCCCUGUUUUUGUGCACUGUUAGAAUACAGCCUAAUGAACAGAGUUUAUGUGGGUUGUGACCUGCCUUCGGAGCUGGAACGCCUGCAGAG